AUGCCUUCUAAGCCUUCAACACCCCGGCGAUCGUUUACCGGUCGAAAACGUGGGCGUCCUCCAGGCACAUCCCAUUCCACUCGCGUUGCGCGCGACCUCGGCGAUUCCCCCGCACCACCUCCCUCCGGCCGAUCUACGCGCGACCACGCUACACCUUCAGCAGUUCCUCAUACCGAACCGCCGCCAAAGAGAAGGAGAUAUAUUCCUGGAGGUGCUGGCGGUGGUGGGCGCUUCAUUGAUGAUGAUGGAACUGAGACGCCUAUCGCAGCAGUGCGCAGACAGCCAAGGGAGCCGCGCAGUGUGUCUGCGAUAGUCCCGAGACGAGAACGAAGCGCAAGAUUACGAACCGCCGCCGACCGGGACGAAAUGGAAUUCAGCUCGGCUGCGGCUGUUGCAGCGGCCGUUGCAGAAAACGAAGGGUACAAGCCCAGAGAGGAACGGGGCUGGGAGGAGUUCCACCCCAAGCUCGAUAUUGAUGCUACGUUUAUGAUCUUCCGCUCCGAAGAAGUCGACGGUAUUCCUCUCCCUAUCGUUAAAUCGCCUCCGAGGACUCCAGCAGGAAUACGGCCAUCCACGCCUAUGAAUGGCUCCAACACACCCUUGAGGGAAAUGAACCCGGCUUCGACAGGCAAUACACCAGCACCCGCCACAAACUCAUACUUCACCCUUCCCGUUGCUGGAAGUGAAACACCGCAGAAACGUCGCACAAGACCACCGCGUGAAUCUGUAUCCUUCCUCGGUCGAGAUCUGGCUCCGGCGGCGAUACCGAGACUACCCCAGGUUCUGCCUAUCCGGAAUCAAACCCCAAAGGAGCGUCUGGAUCUCAAAGCGCCGUCUUAUCGCAGAUCUGAUCAGGUCGAGCAAUUCGAAAGCAAGAGUUUCGGUCAAGCGCGAUACGUAGACAAGUCGAUGAUGAAUGUAGGAUAUCAGGAGACUGAUCGUUACAUGCGCCCCGAGGGCAGACUUAUCAAAGCGGCGGAACCAAAUCUGGAGGACGACCUCGAACAAUCGACAGCCAAGGUAGAUGGCGAAGCACCGCCGACAUCUGGCACCAAUGUUGGACGUGUCGAAUAUGACAUGGACGAGCAGGAUGAUAAGUGGCUGGAGGUGUAUAAUAAGGAGCAGAGGAAGGGCAACGAGCUGGAACCGAUAACCCGCGAAGUCUUUGAGAUUGCCAUCACGAAGAUCGAAAAGGAAUGGCAUGCGUUGGAAAAGCGGAUACCAAAGCCCAACCCCAAACCACCUCAGACCCAUCGGCCGCGGUCUAGUUCGGCAGCGGCCGUCAAUGGCGAACCGCAAGUCGGGGAGGAGCAAGACAGCAAAUGCGCGAUUUGUGAUGACGGCGACUGCGAAAACACCAACGCCAUUGUUUUUUGCGACGGAUGCGACCUCGCAGUCCAUCAGGAGUGCUAUGGUGUGCCCUUCAUUCCCGAAGGCCAGUGGCUUUGUAGAAAGUGUCAACUCAUCGGCCGAGGCGUACCGACUUGCAUUUUCUGCCCCAACACAGACGGCGCUUUCAAGCAGACCAACUCCUCCAAGUGGGCACACCUUCUCUGCGCCAUGUGGAUUCCAGAGGUGUCACUGGGGAAUGCCACUUUCAUGGAACCUGUCAUGGACGUGGAGAAGGUACCCAAGACGCGCUGGAAGUUGAAUUGCUACAUCUGCAAUCAGAAGAUGGGAGCCUGCAUACAAUGCAGCAACAAAUCUUGCUAUCAGGCUUUCCAUGUAACAUGCGCGCGACGAUCAAGACUCUUUCUCAAGAUGAAGAACAGCCACGGGGCACUAGCAGUUCUUGAUAACAGCAUGAUCCUGAAGGCCUUCUGCGACAAGCACUGUCCUCCCGACUACUCCAAAGAUAAUGGCGUGGCUCAAGCAGCGCGGGAAGCUAAGAGGUUCUACAAGCGGGCAAUGAAGGGACGAAUCUGGGCGGACAGCCAGGCAACAGCUCAUGCGCUGGCUGCCAAUCACCGUAAUGCUCUCACGGAGCACCCAGCCGACGAAAGUCAAAUGACGGGAGCCAAAUUCGCAUCCUACGUUGGCGGGGACAAGAAGAAAGGGCAACCUGGGAAGCAGAUCUGGAAGCUGCCUUCGGGCGCGCCCAUCAUUCCCCAAGCUGUCUUUGAGAUCGUCGAACAGGCGCUUUCUCGAUUUCCGUUCCGCAAACGCAAGGAUUUCGUCAGCGAAGCAUGCCGCUAUUGGACACUGAAGCGCGAGGCCCGUCGUGGAGCGGCGCUUCUCAAGCGACUGCAGUUGCAGAUGGAGACCUUCUCGUCGAUGGAACUCACGAGGCGGAACUUUGCGCAGAUGGGCCCAUCUGGGAAAACCCGCCUUUCACGGCGCGUCGAAUUUGCAGAGGCAUUACUCAAAGACCUCUGGGAAUUGAAGCUUCUCUCCGAAAGUGUCGUCGAGAGAGAGCAAGAAAAACUCGACGCCGCAGAGCUCGAGCAGGAGUUUGUGGACACUUGCUAUUUCCCGAUUGCCAAGCUAUUGGUGCCGGUCGUUGAGAAGGCGAUAUUCCUCGACAAGAAUAUCUUCAAAGAAGGCCUCUUGGAGCUCCAGGAGAAACUCGAGUGCCGAUUUUAUACCAACAUCCUCGUCUUCACUCAUGAUCUAUGUGAAGUCAUCCAUGUUGGCAUUAAUACAGAGCCUACGCACCUUGAGAGCGCGUCUCAAGGCGGCACACUCUCACCUGUCAAGCAGAACUUCCACGACCCGAGGCAAAGGAAGGCGCUCGGCAAACGAAUAUUGAAGGCCGUUCAGCCGCAACUUGAGACGGCUCUGAAGACAGAAUCCGAAAUCACGCACAAGCCGUAUGAGACUCUGGCUCAGGAGUUCGAGGGCAUGCUGGAAGCCAGCAUCGAGUUCCGUCAGCCGUCCAUCACCGUCUCCCGCACAGAAGAGAGCACCGAACCCAGCCAGGACACCAUCAUGGUGGAUGCUGCCACUGAGCAGAUCACCGUCGCAAACGACGAGAGCGUAAGGGUUGCAGGGGCAACAGCCGAUGCUGCAGCAGACGAAAUGGACGUCGAUGCCGAAGGAGAAGAUGAUGACGAGGGCAACAUUGAAGUCAAUACUUCAACCUUGAACAAGUCAAGCGAUGUCCACUCAUCAAAUUCAUCGGUGGCGGGGCACGAGGGUAACGGCAAGGCUGCUAUCAAGACUGAGGGGUCACUGGUCUCGACCAUGCAGCCUGCAGACACCCCGCCCGAGACCAAUGGCUAUGUAUCUGCCAGCAGACCGACGCAGCCAGCUCCUCCGACGCCUCCGCAGUCCAAUGGAAGCCUGGGCAACGAGUCCACGGAUCCAUUAUCCGAGGGCGGCGUGCCUUGGUACUUUUCCGAUUUCAAGCCCAAGGGAACGACCAUUGUGGAGGAGCAGUGGACCGGCCGCGAGGCGCUACGCAGUCUUAGCGAGGACCUCACCGACAUGGACGAGCAGGAGCUUGAGGGCCUGGCCUUUGACGUCGAGGACAGCACCAUUACGGCGUCGCCCACCGUCAACGACGAGGUGGCGGACACGAUUGUCAGCAAGGCCAAGUCCAACAACAGCAAAGUGCGCAAGCGCACGAGCGCCCGGGCAUCUGCCAGGAGGAGAUGA